AUCAGCAGGACACAUCAGCAGGCCACGUCAGCCGACAGAGCAGGAAACACCACGUCAGCAGGCCCCCAGCCUGGUAUAUGCUGUUGCGGUCACAUACAGCCGUUAUGGACCAGAGGUCCGGAGAAGCAGACGAGGCCUAUCAGGCCCGGAUGCUGGCUUGGAGUACCGAAACAAAGAAACGGGCAGAUGACGCAGCAGCAGCAGCGAAGAAGAAGGCAGAGGACGCCGAGCAGGCACGCCUGCUGGCACUUGAACAACAGCGCCAGCAUAACGAGGCAGCAGCAAGGGCUGCCGAUGAAGAAAGAAACCAACGUCGUGAGAAGAUAUUUAGCGCAGAGCAGACCUUGCUCACAAUGGCAACGACAUGGUGGACCGAGGCCGAGAAUGGCAAGUUGGAGGAUUGCGAAAACAAGAUCGCUCUCCUCCUCUCGCAUCUCACAGACCUCCUGGCUACAUGCAUUACACAGCAAGAGGAUAUCCAUAGCCUCGACGACUCGCUAGCUCAAGUCCAAGGCCGCCUUCAGCAGCUGGAGCAGCGACCAGUCGCCGCCCCCGACGCCAGCUCUUCCAAUACCUUCGAUCGCCUCGAAGCGUGGGAGAUGGACGUCGGCUCCCUCAAGGACGGCGUGCAGUUACAGCAGACCGCAACGCAACAGCUGCAACAACGGAUCUGUACUACCGCCAAUACCUCAAGUUCGGAGCCGCGCGAGACAGCUCCAAAGUUUGACGGGCAGAAGAUCUUCUGCGACUCGACCAAGACAGAUCCGGUUCCAUGGUUCCGCAAGUUCGAGCUCACGCUGCAGCUCCACCACGUCAAAGAACACAAGCACCACUCAUACUUGUACUCUCGUUUAGGGGGCGCGUGCCAGGCUUGGUUGGACAACCUCUUGUCCAAGUACGGAGUGGUAGCUAACGACUUGCACACCAAGAUCAGUUGGGAUGAUCUGAAGGCGGCGUGGCACAAGCGGUUCCAAGUUGAGACGCCCGAGAUCAAGGCUAUGGACAAGCUCAUGGUCUUCGAGCAAGGCACGCUGCCGAGUACCGACUGGAUCGCCGAGUACCAACGGUUGACGUCAAACGUCGCGGAUGUCUGUUCGUUCCUUGGCCUUGCCGGCUACUACCAACGUUUUAUCAAAGGCUACUCGAAGAUCGCGGCCCACUUGAACAAGCUUCAAUGCGAGGAUCGGCCGUUUGACUUCGAAGAGGAGGCGCGGGAAUCUUUCUUGGCUCUCAAAGCCGCGCUAUUGUCUGCGGAGGUCUUGCGGAUAUACGACCCACUUUUGCCUACGCGGGUCACUACGGAUGCGUCAGGCUAUGGCAUUGGUGCAGUCCUCGAGCAACAUGAUGGUGUGGACUGGCACCCGAUCGAGUAUUUCAGCAAGAAAGUGCCCAUCGUGCAUUCGAUUGACGAUGCACGCAAGAAGGAGCUCCUCACCUUCGUCCACGCGCUCAAGCGGUGGCGGCACUUCCUCCUUGGUCGAAGCCAAUUUCGAUGGGUAACGGACAACAAUCCGUUGGUCUUUUGCAAGACCCAAGACACCGUCAACAACACCAUCGCUCAAUGGAUGGCUUUCAUCGACCAGUUCGACUUCUUUCCCGAUCACAUUCCCGGGAAGUCGAACCGUUUUGCGGAUGCUCUUUCACGGCGUCCGGAUCAUUGUACCUCGGUCUACUCAACCUUCGAGAUCGACGAUGACCUGCGGAACAGCUUCAUCCGCGGCUACCAAGCCGACCCCGAGUUUCACGACAAGUACGCGAAUUGCUCCUCUCCUAAUCCGGCGCCUUCUCACUACCGGAUCCAAGAGGGGUACUUGCUUGUCCACACGCGGGGGAAGGACCUUCUUUGUGUACAGAGUGAUCCUCACUUGCGUACACGGCUUCUUGGCGAGUUCCACGAUGCUCCUGCCACCGAACACUUUGGAGUCGAUCGCACGAUUGGCCGACUUCGCCAGCGAUUUUGGUGGCCCGGCCUUCUCGGCGACGUCACGCGCUAUUGCGAGUCAUGCGAGGUUUGCCGACGCUGCAAAUCCCGCAACCAUCAUCCGUACGGUCCCGUUGAGGCGAAGGGAAGCAAUUGCCAUGGACAUUACCAGCCCGUUCCCCAAGCACAAGACCGGAGUGGAUGGGAUUCUCACGGUGGUCGACCGACUCACCAAGUUCGCCAUGUUUUUGCCUUGUCGCUAUCAUGCCAAGGCACCGGAGUUGGCCGAGGUUCUCUACGCCGGUUGGAUUCGAACCAAGGGUUACCUUGGCCGAGUUCAGCUCGCCACCCUCAAACCGAUGGCCAGACGGAGAGGGCGCAUCAGACCGCACAGGUACUCCUUCGCACUCUCAUCCGCCCCGACCAGAAGGACUGGGUUGAGCGGUUGUCGGAUGUCGUGUUGGCCUACAACUCCUCUAUCCACCCGACUAUCAGGAUGUCGCCCUUCGAGUUCGAGCACGGCUCGCCGGUCACUUCACCAUUGGACACUAUUACUCCACGAACGGUCGAGAGCGACGACCAUCUUCUUUUCUUGCAUCGGAUGCAAGAGCUUCUUGUCAAGGCACGCGACCAGAUGGCGCAGCAGCGCAUGAGCCAGCAGGCCAAUCGCCAGCGUCUUCCUUGCCCAUUCCGCGCCGGCGACCUAGUUUGGGUUUCCGCAGCGGAAUUCAGCCUUGAACAAGACAUCUCUCGCAAGCUCCUUCCGAAAUGGAUGGGGCCUUGGCCGAUCGUGGCACCUGCUGGGGACGCACCCGAGGGACUUUCCUUCACGAUUCAGGUGCCCGGCCACUUGCCCAUCUACCCAGUCUUUCAUUGCUCCAAGUUGGCUCUUUACACGCCAGCGGAACAUGACGAUUUUCCCGGGAGACGUUCGCAAGACCCACCCUCCAUGGAUGGUUUUCAGGAGGUCGCAUCAUCUCCCAGCGACGCUACGGCAACAAGCCAAGAGUAUUUAGUAUCCACAGGAGAUCAAGAGCAGGUGGAAAUCUGCAACUGUAAGGGAUCCAAGCCAUUGGCUGCAAAGUAAUCUGGGCUGUCAUAUCCAAGAGACCAGAGGCUGGUCAACCUUGAAUCAACAGUAUGAGUUGAC